AUGGUUGCCGCCAAGAAGCAUGUCCCGAUCGUGAAGAAGCACACGAAGCGCUUCAACCGUCACCAGAGCGACCGCUUCAUGCGCGUGGACCCAUCAUGGAGAAAGCCCAAGGGAAUCGACAACCGUGUCCGCAGACGCUUCAAGGGACAGGCCGCUAUGCCAAAGAUCGGCUACGGUAGCAACAUCAAGACCCGCCACAUGAUGCCUUCGGGCCACAAGGCUUUCCUCGUCAACAACACCCGCGACUUGGACCUCCUCCUCAUGCACAACAAGACCUACGCUGCCGAGAUCGCACACGCUGUCUCCUCGAGGAAGCGGAUAGAGAUUGUUGCACGUGCCAAGCAGCUCGGUGUUAAGGUCACCAACGGCAAGGCUAAGAUCACCACCGAGUCGUAG